GUGAGCGCGGGAGGGCGGGCCUGCGCCCGCGCCUGCCGCGGCCGGCCGCCAGUCCGCGCACGAGCGAGCCCGCAUGCCGCCACGCGAAGCGCGCAGCCGCCGCGUAGCACCAAAAUGCCACUUUACUCCGAUCACAUAUCGAACAUGUAUUACAGUGGAUCGUCUCCCUAUAGUGCCCCCUACAGUUACGGAUCGAAAACACCAAUAGGACCGUCGUUCAGUGCAUCAUAUCUCAAUCCUGGAUCUAACUACAGCACUCAUUCCUCGCUCGGAGGAUACAACCGCCCUCAGGUCAGCUCGAGGUGGAUCACCAGCAGCGGAAGAAAUUACUCUCCUAUCCUCAGCACUAUAUCGGAAAGAAAUACAUCAAGUCCUUCAAGGGUAAGCAGUCCUAGGAGAAUAGCUAGUUACAAACGGAGUUACGUUCCCUCCAGCUAUACUCCGCGACCGAUAAAUAUAAACACUGCUGAUAUUGACGUGUCAAGGAACAAAUAUCGACCAAAGACAGAAAGUCCGCCCCCGCCUGCACCUCAGGCAGAUGCGACUGCGGAUAAUGAAAAUGGACCCUUCAUGCCACGAAUAGAUGGUAAGCCUGAAACUGGCAUAGAUUCCUCUCCUGGAGAAUUGAGGAGUACUAUAAAACGAGGUCGCACUGUAGUACGGCUGCAUACAAUUAAGAGAAAAGACAGAGAUUCGCCUCGCAAACCUUUAGACGGAUCACAGAAAUCAAGCUCCGAAGAAGGCGAUAAAAGUGAAUCUAUUGUUGAUAAUGCUCCUAUUAAAGAUGCAUCAGAAUCAAUUAAAUGGAGAGAAAAGCUUUCUGAAGACUUAAAAUACAAAGAAAAAAAAGAAAAGAAGACUAUAGGAACCAAAUUGAUGGAAAAAUUCAUUGUCAAAAAUAAUAACGAUAGUGAUAUUGAAAUAACAAGUGAUAGUAAAAACAAACAAGAACACGCUUUAAGUACACCACUAGCACCCCAUUCUAGCACGAGUAGAUCACCCACCAGACGAUGUUCGGUGGAGAUCUUAGCCGAACAAGCAAACGUCUUAGACUCGUUAAUAAGAAAUGAAAAUUUAAGUACUGCAACUUUAGAUUUAAGCAAAGUUGGGACAGAGGAAUCCGUUGGAAUUAUAGGAGGUCAAAGCAACCCUUUAAAAACGACGAAAUCUGACAAUUCCUUACAUGAUCGCUUCAGAAAGUCUAGAGAUUCCAAAGAACUUAGGCAUUCAUUAAAGAGACGCAGUUUAAAAAAAUCGUCUUCAGGUGGUAGACUCGACUCUAUUACUGAAUUUCCUAGGGAGGCUUUAUGUUCUUUACCAUCUAUUGAAGAAAAUAGAUCAUCGAUAAAAUAUGAGAAUACUAAACCAAAACCCAAGUUAAAAGCAAAAAUAACUGGAACAGUGGAAGUAUCUUCACCAAAUAGUCCUUUAAAAUUUAAAGUUGGAGAAGUUGUUGUAGAGGAAAAGCCUCGUGCUUUGAAAAAAGAAAUUUCAUUUAGUAGUAGCGUUGAUUCUAAUUUUGAUGAAUGUCCCAACAAUGGGAAUAGGUCAAUUACUAAUGCAUUGCGUAAAAGUAGAAUGCGGUCUUCUAUCCGUAGAAAAACCGACCUUGAAACUAAUGUUCCUUCACCUGAACCUGACGACGAUAAUUUCUGGGAUAAAAUAGGCAAAAGAGAGACCGUUUACCUUAUAAAAAGAAAACAAAAUUUAGAAGAUGCUAGAGAAAAACAUCGAAGAGCUCUAUUUUGGUUUCCAGAAGACGAGGGAUCAAGUGCAAAUGAAGAUCUUAUCGAGUCACCUAAUGCAAAUGACUCUAAUAAAUCAGACAAAAUGGAUAUUGAGAAUAUCGCUAAGCAACAAGAUACAACAAAUAUUGAUGUUAGCGAUCUUACAGUAGAAGGAUCGAUUUUACCCAAGGAACCUGAGUUGCCUUCAUUCGAUAUUAAUAGUAAUGUGCAGCUAACGAAUCCUGAAAUAAAAAGUUAUAAUCAACAUCCUUCGUUAUUAGGUUCUAAAGAGGUAAAAGAAAUCUCAACCAAACAAGCCGGUGAAACCAUCUAUCAAGAUGUGAAUAAACCCCUGAUAUUAGAUGGUAACUUAAAUGUUAAACAAGAAAAGCCAAAUGCAGCAUCUAGUAUUGUAGUAAAUAGCUGCGACGUCAAAAAGCCUGACGAAGUUAAAGAUAGUGAUCAGGUGCCGCAAAUGAACAAAAAUAGGAUGUUGCCCAAAAGUGAGGACAAAAUUAGUAAACUUGACAAAGCUCCAGAAAAUCCAAUAAAUCCAGUGGUGCCCAAGGAAACAGAUAUCGCUGUUCUGGAUAGCAGUAAAGUAAAAGAUAGCAAACGGGAAUCCCCAAAAGAAUUUAAAACUGAAGAAAAAAUAUGCCCGGUGCACGGCAAAAAAGAUAAAACCACUUCACAAAUUGAAACAAAUGCAGAAUCUUCUAAAGUUAAGAAAGCAGAAUCUCCAAAAUCGUCAAAGAUGGAGGACAAAACUUCCCCAUUACAUAGUAAAAAAGUGAUCAUGUCUCCGCAUGUUGAAACAAAGGCAGAAUUAAAUGAAAUUAAAAAACAAGACUCUCCCAAAGCGAAACAAGCUGGGGAAAAUAAUAGUACUGAUAGCAAAAAAGAGGACGUGCCCUUGCGUAUAAACGUAAAACUGGAGUCAUCAAUACCAUCAACUAUAACUAAAGUGUCAACUGUGGAACAUGCAGAUAGUGAGGGUUGUAUGUCACCUGAGACUACAAACAAAACAGUUGAGGUAAUGGUUAAUUCAGAAGCGAAAACAGUUACUGAAAAGGCAGUGGAGAGCCCUUCUUCUGAAGCGGCACCUUCUCAAAUACCAAUAAUUAUAGAAUCUGUAAACAUUCCAAAAGAAGAAACUGCAGUUAAUAAUGAAGAACAAAAAGCUAAAGAGAGUUUAAAGGCUGAAAAUAAAUCUAUAAACAAGGAAAAAGAACAACCAAGACAAUCACCAUCACUAGACAUUACAAAGAUUCCGAUCAGAAAGCCAGUUAAAGAAGAACUGGCAGUUAGGCCUCUUAUAGCUACUCCUCGUCCUCUUCAAAAGAAGAGUCCUCAAGUAAUUCAUUCAUCGAGUUCAUCUUCAUCGUCUUCAGAAGAAGAUACGUCAGAUGAUGAGGAUGCAGACGAGUCGGAUACCAGCGAGGAAUCUACAGAGUUCUUCGAGUGCGAAACCACUGCUGACGGCAGGACUUCCACGGGAUCCAACGAUUCUGGAUUUGACUCUUCGGCACCAACGUCACCGGCAGGUUUCGUCCACGUUAAAAAAGACUGCGAUGUAAACUGCCAUCGAAAAUGUGAAAAGUUGACAGCGAACCUGUGCGGGGUGAACCAGCGGCUUUUAGUGGAAGCUCUGUCAUCUCGAAGCGCCUCUGUCGUCUCUAAAAGAGGUGGCGAGACGCCCGGGACGUCCGCGGCGGCGCCCAACACGCCCGACUUCCAUGAACAGGAGCUCGAACAAUCAACGGCGUAUGGGCUAUUCCGUAAAACGGGUCGCUUCACGCCCCCCGCGCGCUCCAUACCGCGCUUCCGCAAGUACACCAUAGAGGACUUCCACUUUGUCAAGGUCCUCGGGAAAGGCAGCUUCGGAAAGGUGCUUCUAGCCGAGCUCCGAGACACAGAAUACUACUACGCUGUGAAAUGCUUGAAGAAAGACGUCGUUCUGGAGGACGACGAUGUGGAAUGCACGCUCAUCGAGAGGAGGGUCCUCGCGCUCGGCACCAACCAUCCUUAUCUGUGUCACCUGUUCGCGACCUUCCAGACUGAUUCGCACCUGUUCUUCGUGAUGGAGUACUUGAACGGCGGCGACCUGAUGUUCCACAUCCAGCAGAGCGGCCGCUUCCCCGAGUCUCGCGCGCGGUUCUACGCGGCCGAGAUCGUGUCGGGACUCAAGUUCCUGCACAAGCGAGGAAUUGUUUACAGGGAUUUGAAACUGGACAACAUCCUCCUGGAUUUCGACGGGCACGUGCGCAUCGCCGACUUCGGCAUGUGCAAGCUGCAGAUCUACUUGGAGAAGACCGCGGACACUUUCUGCGGCACUCCGGAUUACAUGGCCCCUGAGAUCAUCAAGGGCCUGAAGUACAACCAGACGGUGGACUGGUGGUCGUUCGGCGUGCUGCUGUAUGAGAUGCUGAUCGGCCAGAGCCCCUUCAGCGGAUGCGACGAGGACGAGCUCUUCUGGUCCAUAUGCAACGAGAUGCCGUCCUAUCCGCGCUUCCUAUCAACAGAUUCUCUCAAUAUAUUAACACGGUUAUUGGACAAAGACGCGCGUACGCGACUGGGCGGCAUCGAGUGCAUGCACGGAGACGUCCGCGACCAAGACUUCUUCCGCCAGAUCCCCUGGGACAGGCUGGAGAGGCGGGAGCUCGAAGCACCGUUUAAACCGAAAGUGCGGCACCCACUGGACACGCAGUACUUCGACCGCGCGUUCACCGGCGAGCGGCCGCGGCUGACGGCGGUGGAGCCCCACGUGCUGCGCUCCAUGGACCAGCAGCCGUUCCGCGGCUUCUCCUACACCAACCCUAACGCGACCGACCGAUAAACUAAACCAUAAUCAUCACUUAGUGAUGGUUGAAUCCCUUUUGGCUUAGCUUCG